UUUAGGUGUUUCUUGGUCCCUCUCUGUGUCCAGUUCAGGACCUGGUUCAACAGGCCAUGAGAAGGAACUGCCAUGCUUCGGGUCUCCAUUCUAUCACGGUCCUCCUCACAUUGUUGGCCUUCCUUCAACCGUCCACAUCGAACCCUGUCCCUGCUUUUGGAGACCACAAUGACUCGCCUGAAGAAGUUCUUCCCAGGCUCGAAAUCUCUGAAAACAUGGGACGAAUACCAGAGAUAGGGAGACUGGCCACUAAAGACCAAACUGACAAAGAAGAGGAGCUCUUUGAAGGCGUUGAUCCCAAAAGGCUAGCAGCUGUUUUACUGGAAGCCCUGAAUCAAACAUAUGUCAGAAGAGAGGAGGAUGAAGAAGAGUACAAAAGUACGGGAGAAGAGGAGGAGUCUGAGAGAGAAAACAUUGAAAAAGAAGAGCCAUACAGUACGAGAGCGACCAGAGACAGAAAAAUAGAUAGACAGAGAGAGCUGGAGAUGUAUAUUGCUUCACAGGGUAAGGAGAGGGAGAGAGAAGAGGAAGAGGAGAAAAAGAAAGCUCUGGAAGAGGAGGAGAAGAUAACCGAGAAGGUGACAAGCCACACUACGAGUCAGACGAUCCCAGUCCAAACAAAGCAGCAAUCCAGCACUUCAGAUGGAACAGCGGAGGGUGGCGCCGCUAGCCAGGGAGUAUCUAACCCAGAGCAGAACAGCGACGAAGACGAAGAGCAACUCAAUCCAGAGGAGCUGAAGAGUCUGGAGACCAUGAUGAAAGAGUUCCCACGUCUCGACACUAAAAGGGAUGGCAUCUCCGAGCAGAGAUACGGCCGAGGAUUUAGCAGCUACAACGACAUCCUUCCAACAAAUAAAGGCAGCAAUCUCGCCAUGACCAAGAAAAAACUAAAAUGGCAGGAGGAAACUCAGAAAGCAAUAUACUUUCCCACGUUCACGGGAGGCAAUUCCGUGGAAGAGCCAGAGUACAGCGAGUAUAUCGGCAAAGCGACGCAGCCCCCGUCUCCAGCUGAGCAGGAGGAGGCGCAGGAUGAGGGUGCAGAGGACGAUGAGGAGGAGGAUGAACCCCUCAGUCCGGAGGAGGAGGAGGCUCAAGCCAAAGUGGAGCAGGAGGAGAUGAUGAGGCAAGCAGCAGAGGCCCAAAAAGCCAAGAUGGAAGAGGAGAAGCUGGCUGAUAUUGCCUCAGACAUGCUACUGAGCUACAUGGUGAAACAAAACAAAGGGGAGAAGAAGCACAGUUUGUCCCUGGCCAAUGCUGCAGAGGAUAAGCGAUCUGAUGAGGAGCAGGAGGUGGCAGAGGAAGACGACAUUGACCCUCAGACCAUCGACAAACUGAUCGAGAUCUCCAGCAAGUUGCACCUCCCUGCUGAUGACGUCGUGGACAUAAUUGCUGAUGUGGAGAAGAAGAAGAAGAAAGACGUGCCACCUGAGAUGGCAUUGCUACGGCAGCACACUUCAUCUCCGUCUCUUCACUCUAGUUGGCCCUUUUCAACAAAUCAAAACAGCCUUCCCAUGUCCAAGCAACCAUCUCCAGCCGUAAAUAUCCUCAAAGCUUGGUUUGCAGACAAAAACACACCAAAAUCGUAUGUUUCACAAGCGAAACUUCCUAAACCUUUGCUACCCUAUCGCAAUUUUUCACCAAAGCCAGAGAAGCCAUUUUUGGUGAAGCAGGGACCCUGGUUCAAAUCACCCAAGCCUGUUUGGACUGGCCACUCCUUAUAUCCAUAUGCCUACCACCAGAGGAAACCCUUCUUGGGUUACUACCCUUACUACAUACCUCGUAUCCUCAGACCCAAACCCAAGUACUACAUGCCUAAACCUGCUCUUACACUGAACAGCUACCUUGGUAAUUCCAUGGAGGACCCCUAUGGUUUCCCUCCAAUCAGGCGCUAUCCCCCUCAGCUGAGGAAAUCACCUCCUAGUCUUCAACACAAGUCUUUUUACUCCACCUAUUAUCCGCAAAUUUCGUCCCAGGCGUUUCAGCGGAUACCCACUUCCCGAAUCCGUUCCCAAUCUCAAACAGUCCCCCAACAAAAGCAGUUUUUAAUCUCUGCUGCAGGACCUCCAGUAAUAAAAAACAAGGGUUAUUUUAAGGACGGAAAGCAGCUGGACAGCAGCAUCCAUGAUGAUGUGGAGAGAUACAUACAGCAGAUCCUCAUGAACAGAGCACAGAGGUUGGACUGAACACAAACUUUUAGAAGACGAGCCUGAUGUUACGGUGAAAAAAAGGAAUAGUCAUAAAAAAGUAGAUUUCUUUAACUUGUUGUUUUCCUGUUAGGUUUUGUUUAACAAUGUUUUUUUUAUCCCAUCUUAACUGAUCCAGACCAGUGGUUUCCAACUCUUGGCCUCGAUGUCUGCGAUCCUGUGACUUUUAGGUACCUCCCUGCUCCGACACAAAUUAAUGUCAAAAUCAGGUUUGGUAAAGGCCAAGUAUAGAGCCACUCAUUUAAUUCUGGUUUGCUGGAGCAGGGAUGAACCUACAGUAAAAGAUGCAGAGCAGUAGAUCUAUAGAACUGGAGUUGGAGGCCAUGGGUCCAGAUCAAGGGACUGUGGCCUUAUGGUACGUUCGGUUUGUCCUCGGAAGUUGAAAUGAUUGGCUUCCAACUCAUAAAUUUCAACUCAAACCACCAAGAAAGUCUGGAUUAUGAGUCAGGAAGUCA